AUGGACCCUUCAUUUAAUCGACCAUACUCAUUCGAGUAUGCACGACGGAGCGAGGAAAGCGACAGAAUGAACGAUAGCCAUUCUCUUCGGAAUACCCAGAACGUAAAUGAGCAAGCUGUUUCCCUUCUUUACACGGCCACCACAUCUGCUUUACCCGUCAGCCCCUUUGCAGACCCGAUUCCCCCCAGCGGAGUGACUCGACGAUCCUACACAUCUUCAUCUUCUGCGCUCAAAAGCCCCGUCGCAGAUUCCAUGGAAUCGCAAGAGAAACCCGACCAGUUUAGAUUACACAAUCUCUCUAAUCAGGGCUCUGCUGUCCCUUCUUCUAGAGACUCCGGAGCACGAUACAAGGGCAGCAGCGUACGGCGGUAUCCGACACGACGCAUCAAGUUGAUACAAGGCUCAGUCUUGAGCAUAAAUUAUCCCGUGCCGAGUCCUAUUCGCAAUGCUAUUCAGCCGGAGUAUAGGGAUGCGGAGGGUGAACUUUCGGAGGAAUUCACGCAAAUGAGAUAUACCGCUGCAACGUGCGAUCCCGAUGAAUUUACGCUACGAAAUGGCUACAAUCUCCGUCCUUCGAUGUAUAACCGACAUACGGAACUCCUCAUCGCCAUUACCUACUACAAUGAAGAUAAAGUUCUUACUGCGAGAACCUUGCAUGGAGUCAUGCAAAAUGUGCGAGAUAUCGUCAAAUUGAAGAAAACGGAAUUUUGGAAUAGAGGAGGUCCCGCUUGGCAAAAGAUCGUUGUCUGUCUUGUUUUCGAUGGGAUGGAUCCAUGCGACAAAAAUACACUCGACGCUUUGGCAACUAUUGGUAUCUUUCAAGAUGGAGUUAUGAAACAAGACGUGGACGGAAGAGAGACCGUUGCCCAUAUUUUUGAAUAUACUACCCAGCUAUCAAUCACCCCCAAACAGGAGCUCGUCCGCCCAUACGCAGACAAUCCGAUGAACCUACCCCCGGUGCAAAUGAUGUUUUGUCUCAAAAAGAAAAAUGCGAAGAAAAUCAACUCGCAUCGUUGGUUAUUUAACGCGUUUGGACGCAUUUUAAACCCCGAGAUCUGCAUUCUAAUUGACGCGGGCACAAAACCGGGACCCAGGUCUUUACUUGCUCUAUGGCAGGCAUUUUAUAACGACAAGAACCUUGGCGGCGCCUGUGGUGAGAUCCAUGCGCUUCUAGGCCAUCGCUGGAAAAAACUCAUUAACCCGUUGGUUGCGGCCCAAAACUUUGAAUACAAGAUAUCCAAUAUUUUGGAUAAACCGUUGGAGAGCAGCUUUGGUUAUGUGAGUGUUCUUCCGGGGGCGUUCUCGGCCUACCGGUACCGUGCGAUUAUGGGUCGGCCUUUAGAGCAGUAUUUCCAUGGUGAUCACACGCUUGCUGAGAAAUUGGGCAAGAAGGGCAUUGAUGGGAUGAAUAUCUUCAAAAAGAAUAUGUUUCUUGCUGAAGAUCGAAUUCUUUGCUUCGAACUGGUUGCUAAGGCUGGUAGUCAGUGGCAUCUUACGUAUGUGAAGGCAUCGAAAGGAGAGACAGAUGUCCCCGAACGACCGGCAGAGUUUCUGAGCCAACGGCGGCGCUGGCUGAAUGGCUCUUUUGCUGCCUCGCUUUAUUCUAUUAUGCAUUUCAAUCGCAUCUAUCAAAGCGGACAUGGUAUCUUUCGGUUGUUUUUUCUUCAUGUCCAACUGGUUUACAACAUCUGCCAGUUGGUCCUGACGUGGCUUUCACUGGCAUCCUACUGGCUCACAAGCUCGGUCAUUCUCGAUAUUGUUGGAACGCCAAGCGCAACAAACAAAUACAAGGGGUGGCCGUUUGGCAACGAAGUGACUCCAAUUCUCAAUAAUCUAUUGAAGAUUGGGUACUUGACAUUUCUUAUGCUCCAAUUUAUUCUAGCUCUCGGCAAUCGGCCCAAAGGCUCCAAAUUCUUGUAUACACUUUCAUUCGUCUAUUUCUCUGUCAUCCAAGCCUACCUCCUCGUGCUUGCCUUUUACCUCGUUUCCCAAGCAUUGACCCCUGAGAACCUCAAAUUCGAUUUCAACCAUGGCUUCUCGGCACUGAUCUCCGGUUUUAUUGGGUCGACAGGCGGCAUUGUCCUAGUGGCUUUGGUCUCAACAUACGGGAUCUAUUUCGUUGCCAGCAUUCUCUACGCCGAUCCCUGGCAUAUGCUCACUUCUUCUUGGGCCUAUUUUCUCGGAAUGCCCUCGUCAAUCAAUGUUCUCAUGGUCUAUGCAUUUUGCAACUGGCAUGAUGUUUCAUGGGGCACUAAGGGAUCAGAUGCACCCGAGAAACUUCCAUCCGCACAAACAAAGAAAGAAGAUGAAACGCCUUUUGUUGAGGAAUUGGAGAAGCCGCAGGUCGAUAUUGACGAGCAAUUCGCCGCGACGGUGAAGCGAGCCCUAACUCCGUGGCAGGAGCCGGAGGAAAAAGAGGGUGUUGCGCUUGAUGAUUCGUACAAAGCAUUCCGAACGAAUCUAGUCCUACUGUGGACUUUUAGUAACGGUCUUUUGGCGCUGUGCAUUAAUAAUUCCAGUAUCACGAGGCUCUGCUUGACGGCAAGUUGA